AUGGGGCGGGGAAGCGGGUCCGGCGCCGGGAAGGGGCUCGCCCUCUCGGCCGCCCUGAUGCAGAAGAUUCUGCUGAGCUACCUGUAUGUGUCGAUCUGGAUCGUGCUCAGCGCGGCGGUCAUCCUGUACAACAAGUACAUCCUGGACCGCAAGAUGUACAAUUUUCCAUAUCCCCUCACGCUGACCAUGUUCCACAUGGCCUUCUGCUCGUCCCUGGCUUUCCUUAUCAUUCGGGUUUUCAAAUGGGUAGAACCGAUUGGGUUGACGCGCGAGCAGUACAUGGAGUCCGUCGUCCCAAUCGGGAUGCUCAAAGCACUCAUGCCGGUCGCUGUCUAUUCCAUCGGCGUGGUCUUCAAGAAGGAGGUCUUCAGCGUGGAGACCAUGGCUAACAUGCUGGGGAUCUCAGUUGGAGUUGCAGUAGCCGCAUACGGAGAGAUCAGGUUCGACGUUUUUGGGGUGAUCCUCCAGCUCGGGGCGGUGGCCACAGAAGCAACCCGGCUGAUCCUUGUCCAGAUCCUGCUAACCUCCAAGGGGUUGAAGCUUAACCCGAUCACUUCCCUGUACUACAUCUCCCCCGCCUGCCUAGCCUUCCUCACCAUCCCCUGGGUCUUCAUCGAGAUGCCUCGGCUGCAGCAGAUCGCCAUGUGGCGGUUCGACCCGUUCGUAUUCCUGUCCAACGCGUCCGUUGCUUUCGGGUUAAAUCUCGCGGUCUUCCUUCUGAUCGGCAAGACGAGCGCGCUGACCAUGAACGUGGCGGGGGUGGUCAAGGACUGGUUACUGAUUGCCAUUUCCUGGUUCCAAUUCAAGGACCCUGUGACAAGCACCAAUCUGUUUGGGUACAGCCUCGCGUUCCUGGGGGUCUGUGUGUACAACCACGCAAAGCUAAAGAAGGCCGUGCAGAAGGAGGCCUCCAGGAAGCCUGAGGGGGACGUGGAGAGGGCGGAGGCUGAGGAGAGGGUUCCGCUGAAAGACAUGGGAGAGGACAAGCCGCUAGACUCCCGUGGUGGGGGCCAGAGUUGACCGGUUAGGGUUACAGUUGCAGGACGGUUAGAGGUGGAGAAAGCGCAGCUUUCGCUGGCAGAGGGGGGAAUGGAGAGAUGCGUGGAGGGUGGCAGGUCUGGUGAGGUGGCGAGCACAGAUCGGCUGCAGAAAGGGGACCGCUCCCGGUGGGCAAAGGAAACGACUAGCUCCUCAGAGUGCACAGCAGGUAGGCGCAACUAGCGCGGAGAGUUUUUGGAACGAGGGAGGUGUCCGAAAGCGGCAGUCCGCAGAGAUGUGUCUGGUGCCAGCUUGCUGCAGCAGCAGGUUAGGGUUGCGCUCCAGGGCUCACAGUGUAAAGAAAGUAGACUCUUUUUCUUGGCCAGUCAGGCAGCAAUAUGGACAACCCGCAAGGGUCGUAGCUGCGUACAUUUCCAAUGUGACAUUUCCAAGCGCAUGGUAUCCAACCAAUCGCCCAUUAGAUUAUUGUCCAGAUUAAUCCUGUUCCAUCGGUGACACGUCUUUUUUCCAGAUUUGUGCAAUGGUUGCCUUUUCC